ACUUGUAUAGUUUAACCUUUCUCAUUGAAAUCAAAAUGAUGCGUUUAAUAUUCUUGCAGUUACUCAUGCUACCGCAACCUCCUUUCAGGCCAACAUAUUACACACUAGUUAUUAUCGACCUCUGUAAGGCUCUUCCUGGAGCCUUUCCUGCAGUAGUUGCUGGUGCUGUACGAGCUCUAUUCGAGAAAAUUGCUGAUUUAGAUAUGGAAUGUCGAACACGGCUCAUCCUUUGGUUUUCCCACCACUUAUCAAACUUUCAGUUCAUCUGGCCAUGGGAAGAGUGGGCUUAUGUCUUAGACCUGCCAAAAUGGGCUCCACAACGUGUAUUUGUUCAGGAGGUUCUGGAGAGAGAAGUUCGUUUAUCCUACUGGGACAAAGUGAAGCAGAGCAUUGAGAAUGCCCCUGGCUUAGCAGAGUUGCUUCCUCCCAAGGGGGCACCAAAUUUCAAAUUCAGUGUUGAAGAAACCAGUGAAGGAAAUGGACAACAUGCACUUUCUGUUGACCUCAGAACCAUGGUAAAAGCGAGGGCAUCUGCCCGUGAAAUGAUUGUAUGGAUAGAGGAAAGUGUGUUUCCUGUUCAUGGGAUGGAAGGUACCCUCAAUGUGGUUGUGCAAACUCUUCUCGACAUUGGAUCUAAAAGUUUCACUCAUUUGAUUACCGUAUUGGAGAGAUAUGGUCAAGUCAUUGCAAAACUAUGUGGUGACCAGGAUAAGCAGGUCAUGCUGAUAACUGAGAUUGAUUCUUAUUGGAGGAACAAUUCUCAAAUGAGUGCUGUUGCAAUAGAUAGGAUGAUGGGCUACCGACUUUUAUCUAAUCUGGCCAUUGUCAGAUGGGUCUUUUCUCCAGCAAACAUUGAGCAGUUUCAUCUAUCAGAUCGUCCAUGGGAGAUUUUAAGAAACACAGUUAGCAAGACAUAUAACCGUGUAUGUGAUCUAAGGAAGGAGAUUUUGUCUCUGAAAAAGAGUAUUGUAUCAGCUGAAGAAGCUGCAGCAACGGCAAAAGCAGAGUUAGUGGCUGCUGAAUCAAAGCUUUCACUUAUGGAUGGUGAACCUGUUCUUGGGGAAAAUCCUGUGAGGCUGAAGCGCUUGAAAUCGUAUGCUGAAAAGGCAAAGGAGGAGGAGUUGUCUGUACGUGAAUCUUUAGAGGCUAAGGAGGCUCUUCUAGCUCGAGCCCUUGAUGAAUUUGAGGCAUUGUUCCUCUCCUUGUACAAAAACUUCCUGAAUGUGUUGACAGAACGCCUGCCAAGUGCAUCCACAUGUGUUACAUUGCAGGGAUUGAAGUCAAUUCAUGCAGAUUCUAUGGCAGUCGACGUUGAGGAAUCGUCGGCAAUGGAGGUAGACGAUGAGAAUGGAAGACCUAAGAAAAGCCAAUUGAAUGGUGGGAGGAUGAGUAGUGUAUAUAAUGUAGGUGAAAAAGAGCAGUGGUGUCUAUCGACUUUAGGCUACCUGAAGGCCUUCUCGAGGCAAUAUGCUUCUGAGAUUUGGCCUCACAUGGAGAAGUUGGAUGCGGAGGUUCUAACGGAAGAUGUGCAUCCUCUUAUUCGGAAAGCGGUUUAUUGUGGCCUUCGUCGACCAGUUGAUGGGUUGUGAAACCUCAACUCGCCUGCCCCUCCCCUGAAAACAAAACAAACCAGCAAACAAAACAACAAUGCAUGUAAAUGUCGAUGCGGGAACCUGAUAGAUUCGAAGGAGAUGAGGCUAGCUUCUGCUGCUGCUGCUGCAUGUAUAAUGAGAGUAGGUAAUUUGUUUGUCUAGUUGGAGAUACGUGUACAAUCUAGUUGAUAUGUAACCAAAGCAACUAAUUAGAGGCUAGUAUUAUGAAAAUUCUUUCCAAUGGGCA